AUGUCUUUAUUAAAUAAUGUCGUGAAAACUGUUCUCAAUGGCAUCAAACCAUUCACCACCCAGAAGUCAUUUGUACGAUUUCGAUACCAUGCAGAUAAAGUUGCCAGGGGGCCCUUAGUCAGAAGACAUGGAUAUGAAGAAAAAGUAUUGCAGAGAGGACUGCUGCCUCGAGACCCAAAGGCACAACCACUUCCUAUCCCAUUAUACAGGCCCCAGGAUGCUUGGUCAGAGAAGAAGGCUUUGUUUGGCCAGAAUGACUAUAUAGACAUCUUGGGCAACGAAAACAUCCAUCCUGCAAGGAUACUUUAUAAUGUGCCAACUUGGUUGAGAGGUGUUGGUGGGAAUGAGUACCAGGUCAUGCUUCGGAAGAGGAAAAUGUUGGGACAAACGACAUAUCCUUUAGCAAGGCCAACAAAAUGGUACCAGUUAGAAAAGAGGAUCUUUUAUUUGUAUAAAUUCCUUAACCGAAAAACUAGGACACCAUACAGAAAUAGAUAA